AUGAAAUCUGUCUGGAGCCCCGGCAGCACAACCAACAGUUCGUCGAGCACUGAGACGACAAUUCCUGCAACAGCUCUACACUUCUCAACCCCAGACCACCAAUCAAUUGGCGAUAGCUAUCAUCACCCCUUAAAACUGACCACUUCCUCGUCUGCUAGUGAAGUGACACCAAAUGAUCAUCAAAUAGAGAACUUGACGGACAUCUACGACCCGAACCAGACGGUGACUCCGGUGCACAAGUAUUGGACUCUUCCCCGAAACAUAGCGACGGCCACUAAAACUCAAUACUUAAUAGAAGACGAGAACGAACUCCAAAAACAAGACACUCGUCAGUCAUCUCAUAUACAACUCCAUCACAAACCACAGACUGAACGGCAUAUACACCGGCAAAUCAUAACAGACCUCCCGCCCCCUUCCAGUGCUAAAUAUCUGUACGAAACAGAUAAUACCAAAUAUUUUACUCUUCCAACCGAAACGGAAACUGUGACCACAACCAGAAAAAUCACAGCUCCGCCUAAAUCGGAAGGCAUAGGACCUGUCACUGAAAGUGGAAUACCUAUUGCACUGAAAUCUGGCGUAAAGGAUGAAUACACGUCCGAUUGGUAUAAGGCUUGGGUCAGGAAAAUGCAUAAAUUCGACAGAACUCACCCUCAAGAGGACGAGGCUUUCAAAAUCAAAGUAAAGCCCACUAAAUAUAAGGGAAGAGACUAUCGGCUCAGUCCCGGACUCCAUGAAGAAGAAAGUAAGCGCCGACACAUAUAUGUGCCAAAAAACAUUGCUGACUACGAACCGGGACAUUCCAGUAUAUCUGAACUUGAAAAACAAAUGUUUUACGACCAUAUAUUCAAUUAUAUCGACUCAAUAUUUGCUGAGGUCUUCUCUACUACCUGUCAGGAACCGAUGCCUCACAGCAACGCUAACAUUAUUCCUCCAAUGCUAUCCCGCGUCCACACGAUUCAGGAAAGUAGAGAUGACAUGGACUUACACCAGCCUUACAGGACAGGUAGCACUCAUCCCCAACCCUAUCACCACCCGAAUUGUGUCUUCAAUACACUGACUACAGGCAGUGGUUAUGAAUCGGAUUCUUCUUAUAUUAUUAAGAAGAAAGACUCGAAGAAAGGUCUGUCGCCGACCUCUCGAGAUGUUUACCUUUCGGUGCAAAGAGGAGAUGAUAUUCCUUUGACAGGACUCCAAAGGCCGGCCCCUCAACCUCGCGCUCACAAACUAGCACUGAGUUCAAGUGCCGUCACUUCCAAAACAUUCCGAAACACUCGUAGUCUUGAGAACAUUGGCUCCAAAGAAAAGAAUUGA